UCUCAGAUCUCAUCGCCACCACAACGCAAUGCACCGUGUCAACCCUCUUUCAAACACCACCAGAUAGGCAGCUAAAGUUUAUUUAGUUCAUAUUUCUUAUUGGUUCUAAAACGCUACCGUUUUGGGCUUCUUAUUUUAUUACUAUUAUGGAAGAUACGAGUGGCAAAAAGAGGGUCCGUUGUGACUCGGACGACUCAGUGCUGGAAUCGCCCGAGGCGAAGCGACUCAGGGACGAUUUACUCGAGUUCUUCAACGACGCCGACGAAGCGCCUUCCACUCAGGAUCUUGACUCCGUCAUGAGGAGCUUGCAAGAGGAGAUUUCCGCGUCUUCCUCGCCAGCUCCGUUCCCUGUGACGUCAGAUUCCGGCGAGUCUCAGCCUCAGAUCGGUUACCUUCAGGAGGCUUCUGACGACGAGCUUGGCCUUCCGCCGCCGGGGAACUCCUUGGUGGUGCUGGAGGAGAACGGAGAGGACGCUGCGGCUGAGUUGGUACGUGUUUCGUCUGACUCGUCCGGAAUAGGCGAGUUAUGGGAAUUUGAGGAUCGGAUCCCGAGUUACGACUCGCUUGGUUUUGAAAACGGGUUUGCUUAUGAGAGCAACACUGAUUACGUAGCUUUUGAUGGCCUUUUCGAUCACUCUGAUGUAUAUUAUGACUCGGUCGAUUUCACUGAGUCGUGGCGGCACGAGUCCUUGCCGGCACAAUAGAGAAAGCUAAUCUCCGAAAAAAGAAAAAUCAGAAAAGAAACUUCUGGAUCUGUUUCGUUUACCAAAAAACUUUUGUAGACAUGUAAAUUUUUCUCACCUUUUCCCCCCUUUUUAUUUGAAGGGGAAUUACAGAUAUAUAAUUAGCACUAUAGGAUGACAUGAAACUUUAUGAACUGAAUUAACUGAAGAUGCCAUUGGCGCCAAGAAAAAUAUGGUUUUUUUUU